CGGACUUGCGCCAUGAACAUUCCAAAUUCUUCGACCGCGCCUGCAGCUGGCGAGUACGCUGGAGAUGAGGUCUCUGCGAUUGUCCUCGAUCCUGGCUACUGGACAACCCGCGCUGGCUUUGCAGGUGAAGAUGUACCCAAAUCCGUAUGCCCUUCCUUCUACGGCCAGCUCGACUCCGAUUCCGGCUCGCAACAACUUUUUGGCGAGAACGCGAUACACAACCCGCUCGGAAACCUUCAAGUGAAGAACCCAUGGGGCUCCGACGGGAUUGUGCAAGAUUGGGAGACUGCGACCAAAUUGUGGGAGUAUGCGAUCACAUCACGCCUGACAGGUGCAAAGCCCGGCGACCCAACCAAGAACGGGCUGAACGACGGCACAAACACAAACGGCGAUGCUAUGGAUGUGGACAUGGAUGCAGUGGAGAACCAGGAGAAGCCGCUCGAGGACAGCCCGCUACUAGUGACGGAACCUGGCUGGAACACGGCAAAGGCGCGGGAAAAGUACAUUGAGAUUGCUAUGGAAGAAUGGGGCGCGCCGGCAUUCUAUCUACAGAAGACGGGUGUGCUGGCUGCUUUCGCGUCCGGGAAAGCGUCAGGCAUUGUCAUCGAUGUGGGUGCAUCGCAUACAUCCAUCACACCCGUGCUGGACGGCAUGGUUCUACGAAAGGGCGUCCAAAAGUCCACUCUGGCCGGCAACUUCGUCUCGGAACAGAUCCGCCUUAUCUUCAAGCAAUCUCAACCCGAGAUACCCCUCACACCGCACUACAUGGUCAAAUCCAAGACAGCAGUCGACGCGGGUGCAUCCGCACAAGCAACCUACAAAACCUUUGCGACACAGCCCACAGACUCGUUCCGUCGUCACGAAGAAGAGCGCGUGCUCACCGAGUUCAAAGAAUCCGUCGUCGAAGUCUGGGGCGGCAACGGCCGCCUCUCCAACGGCGCCAACGAGGACAUCGCCAAACAGAUGCCCGGCCGUCCCUUUGAGAUGCCCGACGGCUGGAACCAAGUCUUUGGCGUCGAGCGCUUCCGCCCUGCCGAAGCCCUCUUCGACGCCAAUGCCGCCGUUCACGACGCAGACCACCCCAAACCAAAGGAUGACCAAACCAUCCCUCGUCUGGUUCAGCAGGCCGUCCAGCACGUCGAUGCCGACCAGCGCCCCUUGCUGCUCUCCAACAUCGUGGUCACGGGCGGCUCGACGCUGCUGUACAAGUUCAACGAUAGGCUCAGCAACGAGAUCAACAACAUCUACCCUAGCACGCGGAAUAAACUCUUCGCGCCGGGCUCGGUGGUCGAGCGGAAGUACGCCGCUUGGAUCGGUGGAAGCAUCUUAGCUAGUUUGGGUAGUUUCCAUCAGCUGUGGAUCUCCAAGAAGGAGUACGAGGAGCAUGGGCCUAGCAUCGUUGAGAAGCGGUGUCGGUAG